AUGGCUGGCAGCAAGAAUGCCAACCCUGAGGACGCGGCCACCACCAAACCAGCGUCGCGAUCGCCAGUCCCUGUCCAGACGCAGCCCGAGACGGACGAUUUUGGCCUACCCAUUCGACACUACGUAUCUCCGACCGAGAGUGCGACAAUAUCGAAAGACGAUGUGACGGUAAAUGAUACGACAAAAGAUUCGAAAGAAACGGAUAAAGUGAGAACAAUGACGGAAUCCAAGUCGUCCGAGCCUGCCCCAGAUUCCAAGCACAGACGACCAACACUAUCUGCUGAAUCAAAACCUGGCGAUGGUAAACCGGACAAUGAUAGCGACAGUGAUGAGGCAACCUUUGUGGAUGCUCAGAGCGCCAUUCCUUCAGGCUCAUCUGCUGCAUCCCCGUCCAAGCCACAAGACUUGACGCCUAGGUCGCAAACUCCGAAGACCGAGUCGACGAAAGAGGACGAGAAAAAGAACCAUGUCCCGCAUCCAAUAUCUACGACCAGCCCGGGGGAGCUGCCUGCAAGUGACGUGCAAACCCCAAAGCCAGAGCCCGGAAAUGCCACUCCCGUGGUAAACGGCACGAAGACCUCCGUUCCAGAUGGAAAACAACAGACACAAGAGGCUGCAAAUUCAGACACAACUGAAAAGAAGCCCAAGGUUGCACACAGUCGAGAUGUUAGCGCCGCUAGCAUUGGCAGUGGCCCUCACGCCGGGCUGUCCGAGUUCUCCCAUCAGCAACUUUCUACACAGCAAGAAGCUAAAUCAGAAGACGAUGAUGGUGGUUGGCAGACCAUGCCAGCAUUUGCGCCGUAUGACAUGUACGAUGAUGACAACCGCUUGGUAGCUCGAGAACAUAAUGAGGAAGAAGACGAGAAAUACGGAUACAGCGGGCUUGGAGGAGCCGGGAAGGGGUAUACCAGAGUUUUAAUGGACGAAGACGCCGAAUCUGCUACUAGCAUGGACGACAACACGCAAUAUUUGUUCCAGGAGUCAAAGAAGGGCACUGGUGUCGCGGACGAUGAAGGUCGUGAUGCCGUGGCCCAAAUGCAAGCUACCAAGGACCUAUUGACCGAAGGCCAGAGAAUAGCUUACGUUGGAGUCGUUCGCCUCGAAAUUGUCAAGAUGGUUAAGGAGACGGAGACUUUGGAGGUUACCAAGAAGACUAAAAAGGUGGUCAACAUGAGUGCUGAAUCCGACAAGAUGUGGGGUCAGAAGAUGAUGAUUCGCCUCUACUCCCACAUGGACAUCAGCGAAGCAGAGCAAGUCAUGAUUGAGCAACUGGCAGAGCAUGGUGUCAUGCCCAAGGACCUGACGCCAGCUCUUCAUGCCAACUCUCGAGUCCACAAUCCCAUGGCAGAAAGUCGUUCGUCAGUGGACAACAGCAACAGCAUCCGAUCUACGUCUGUGUCUCCUGCACUCACAUCCCCGGAUGAUGAAAAACCAGCCGAGAUGCCACCGCCUUAUGAAAGCAUCGACCAUAGCGAGGUUCCCGAUGCCCAGACGCCAUCGCAGCUCCCGACGACAGAAAAGAUUGAUAUCGAUUUACGUUGGACUGUUCUCUGCGACCUAUUUCUUAUUUUGAUUGCUGAUUCAAUAUACGACGCUCGUUCACGAGUUCUUUUGGAGCGUGUCGCCGAGAGUUUAGAGAUCCCGUGGAUCGAUAUUUGCAAGUUCGAAAAGAGAGUCACUGAUGCACUGGAAAUGCAACAAGCAGCAGAGAAAGAAAACUGGAAUGAAGACGAGCACAUGGAGUCUCGAAGGAAAAUGGCUCAAAAGAGAAGAUACAUGAUGAUGGGCCUCGCAACUGUUGGAGGUGGCUUGGUCAUUGGACUGUCUGCGGGAUUACUGGCACCUGUUAUCGGAGCCGGUCUUGCUGCCGGUUUCACCACGAUUGGUGUCACUGGUACCAGCAGUUUUCUCGCCGGAGCAGGCGGUGCUGCCAUUAUUACUUCGUCAGCUGCUGCUUCGGGUAGUCUCAUCGGCGGCCGGGCUGCCAAUCGACGAACCGGAGCAGUCAAGACGUUUGAAUACCGACCGCUGCACAACAACAAGCGUGUCAACCUAAUUGUAACAGUGUCGGGAUGGCUGACUGGCAAAGUGGAUGACGUUCGUUUGCCAUUCAGUACGGUGGACCCUAUCAUGGGAGACAUAUAUUCCGUUUUGUGGGAGCCGGAAAUGCUUCGAAGCAUGGGUGACACCAUUAAUAUUCUGGCUACAGAGGCUCUCACUCAAGGUCUGCAGCAAAUUCUGGGCAGUACCAUCCUGAUCAGUUUGAUGGCCGCUUUGCAGCUCCCUAUUGUCCUGACAAAAUUGUCGUACUUGAUUGACAAUCCGUGGGCCGUCUCCCUGGACAGAGCCACCGCCGCGGGUUUGAUUUUGGCCGACUCACUCAUGGACCGCAGUCUUGGCACAAGACCGAUCACUCUUGUUGGAUACUCUAUUGGUGCCAGAGUUAUCUUCUCCUGCCUGCAGGAACUUGCCAAGCGCGGCGCGUUUGGACUGAUACAAAAUGUCUACCUCUUUGGUGCACCCAUUGUUGUCAAAAAGGACGAAUUUCUCCGUGCAAGGACGGUUGUAUCAGGGCGAUUUGUCAGUGGCUAUAAUCGCAAUGACUGGAUUCUUGGAUACCUUUUCCGAUUGACAAAUGGAGGCAUUCGAAGAGUUGCCGGACUGGCUCCUGUUGAAGUACCGUUUGUAGAAAAUCUGGACGUGACGGAGGAGGUACCGGGACACAUGCAGUAUCGAACGGCUAUGCCUACCCUUUUGAUAAAAUGCGGUUGGAUGGUAGAGAGCGAAGAGUUCACCGAGAUAGAGGACCCUGAUCCUGAAAAUCACGAGGAAAGACAACGAGAGCUUAUCAACGAAAUAGAAGAAGCUCGCAAGGAACUAGAGAGGGAAGGCAAGGCGAAGAAGAGCGCUGGUUUCAGUAUUUUCGGCCGCCGGAAGAAGGCCGAACGUCAGGAGUGGGAAGUGUAUGAGGAAUCAGCUGCGAAAGCGGCCAAGGACAGCAAGGGUGGUGGCGCCAAGACAGAAGACAAGGCAGGAAGCAAUCAUGGUGUUCUGUUCGACGUCGAUGCUAUCCGAGCGGAACUGGCAAAGGAGUCUCAUGAAGAUGCAGACGUGGAAAUGGCCCUGCAGGUCAAGGAGAUAGAGUCGACUCUGCCACCGAUGAAACUCGAUAUUUCUCCCACUACUCCUUCAGCCCUGUCCCCUCCAGCUGGUGCCAGGGGCUCUCUGAGGGAGACGAAAAGCGCUGAUGUUCUCCCCAUCGGUGGAAUGGGGUUUGGGGCCACCAACGGAUCGCGAGAGCCCUCUCCGUAUCAUACAGAUGCGCACGAAGAGGAAAUCCAAAUGACAUUUGAAUCGUCGUUUGACGACCCUCCACACAGACAGACACAACCACAGACGCAUUAUACGCCACCAGCCACCAGCGAGAGCACCCUCACCCGUCCGGAAGUUAAGAGCUCACAAACGCUGCCUAACAUGACAAUUUCAGACCCGUGGGCAGACCCGGACGAUGAGGACUUUGGGAAAGAAAAAGAAAUUUCGAUGACUUUUGCAUAA